AUGGGUUGGGGAGGUGGAUUAUCGGAUCGGGUGUGUUUAGAUGCGCAAUUCGUAUUCAAACUGCCUGAGAAGAUAACGUCAGAAAUCGGAGGUAAGACAGUCGGCAAGCUCACUGAGGUUGGCGUAGCUUUGGUCGAACCGCUUGCAGUUGCUUGGCAUGCUGUCGAACAGUCGGCCGCCAAAGCAGGGGACAACGUCUUGGUUAUCGGCGCCGGCCCGAUUGGUUUGGCCAUUCUCCAAUGCCUGAAGGCCUUGAACACUGCCCAGGUGAUAGUUGCAGAAGUUGCUCAGAAUCGAAGGGACUUAGCUCUACAUUUUGGAGCUGCGGCGGCGAUCGAUCCGACGGACGAAGACAUGGUCUCCAGAUGCAAGAUGCUGUGCAAUUGGGGCAAAGAGAUCCCCUUCAACCCGGACUAUCUCUUGGUUGGAGAAAAGAGGCUGGUCACAGGUAAGCCAUCACGCAAAACCAUUGCGAUGAUUCGAAACCUUGCUGACUUGUUCCGAGCGCUGAGUUACACCAGUGAGGAUUUUGAGCGAGUUAUUGACGCGCUGGAUAAAGGAACGAUCGAUGCGGAGAAGAUGAUCACGCGUACAAUCUCGAUGGACAGAGUGGUGGAAGAUGGUAUUCUCGCGCUGCUACACGAGAAGGAGAAACACAUCAAGAUACUCGUCGACGUCAGAAAGUAG